AUGAUGAGUACGAUAGCUCGUGGGUUGCCAACACCUCGACCACCUGACACGGGCGCGAGCACAUUCGCACCUGGAAGCAGCGGGAGGCGCAUGGCUGGUGAGCGCGAGGCGUGCGCGGCAGGGGAGGCAGCGAUGAGGGCGGUGCAGGCGGUGAGGGGCGAGGUGGCAGCGCUGCAGCGGCAAGUCGCGUCCGUGCGGGAGGUGGCAGCGCUGCAGCACAGCCUGGCGGACGAGGUGACCGCGCUGCGGGGGGAGGUAGCAGCGGCGUGGGAAGUGGCAGCAAUGGGGAGGAGCGAGGUGCAGCGGCUGACGGGCGAGGUGGCGGACUUGAAGAGAGACCUGGCGGCCGUGAAGGCGGUGCUUUGCAGCAAGGAUGAAGACAAAAGGGACAUGUGGCACGUGAGUGCAAGCUUACCCGUCACGUCCUCCUCUUUAACCUCUUACCCUGCAUUCUCUUUCCCUGCGUUCCCUCUUACCCUGCAUUCUCUUUCCCUGCGUUCCCUCUUACCCUGCAUUCUCUUACCCUGCGUUCUCUCUUACCCUGCGUUCUCUCUUACCCUGCGUUCUCUCUUACCCUGCGUUCUCUCUUACCCUGCGUUCUCUCUUACCCUGCGUUCUCUCUUACCCUGCGUUCUCUCUUACCCUGCGUUCUCUCUUACCCUGCGUUCUUACUCUGCGUUCCCUCUUACCCCGCAGCAUCGGAGCAGACGAAGCUAG